AUACGAAUUGAUACUCUGUCUUCCCAUAUCACCAGCCUUCAGAGAGAGUCUAGAGCAUGGCAAGAUAGAGUGCAAGAGCUUGAGGACAACUUGGCCAAGGAACGGGAAAACUGUCGCAAAAUACUGUCCGAGAAAGAGAAGGAAAUGGCCGAGAUAAGAAACCAGAUGCAGGAGCAGCUGAGUGACUACGAACAACUUCUGGAUGUUAAACUGGCACUUGAUAUGGAAAUCAGCGCAUACCGUAAAUUGCUGGAGGGUGAAGAGGAGAGGUUGAAACUUUCUCCAAGCCCAUCUUCCCGAGUGACGGUUUCACGGGCUUCAUCAAGCCGUAGUGUGCGUACAACCAGAGGGAAGAGGAAGAGGAUUGAUGUGGAAGAAUCUGAAGCCAGCAGUAGCGUUAGCAUUUCCCACUCAGCUUCUGCCACCGGAAAUGUCUCUAUUGAGGAGAUAGAUGUUGAUGGAAAAUUCAUCCGCUUGAAGAACACCUCUGAACAGGAUCAACCUAUGGGAGGCUGGGAGAUGAUCCGAAAGAUAGGAGACACUUCUGCUAGUUACAGAUAUACCUCAAGAUACAUACUAAAGGCAGGCCAAACUGUGACA